GUUGGCUUUUAGUCGAAGCGCUUUUAAAGCUUCAAGGUCAAGUUUGACACCGUUUGACACCAGGUCUUAGUUUCAUGGCAGGCGAAGAGGAAGCAUUGGAGCGCCUAAAUAAUUACGUGAAGCUUAAUGUUGGUGGCUCUUUGUUUUUCACAACUAUCGGAACACUUCUGAGAGGCAAUACAAUGUUGGCUGCGAUGUUUAGUGGUCGUUUGGAAGUCAAAACGGAUGAUGACGGCUGGGUACUAAUAGAUCGCAGUGGAAAACAUUUCGGGACAAUUUUGAACUAUAUUCGAGAUGGUUCAGUUCCCCUCCCAGAAACCAGAAGAGAGUUGGAAGAACUAGCUAUGGAAGCCAAAUAUUUUUGUGUUGAAGGUUUAUGUUCAGCAUGUGAUGAGGCCCUUGGACGGCUAACUAGUUACGAAGAUUUACAAAACCGUGCAACAAUAGUUAUUGUUAAAUGUCCUAAUGCUGCGAAGUCUUUACUUUCCUCUACUCGUAAACCUGUUGUCAAACUCACCAUGAACCGAUACAAUAAUGUAUUCUCGUAUACUAGUAAUUCACACGACAAUCUUCUGCGAAAUAUUGAAUGCCUAGAGAAAUAUGCCCUGAUGUUUCCCGCCACUGUAUUAUUUGUGAAAGAUGUUCGAGACAAAAGCGAACAAAAUGAGAUUUGUGAAUGGAGCUACUACUGUCGCGGUCAUCGUUUAAGAAGCAUAGAUUGUAUAGCUAUUCACUACUCCUCAGAAAAGCGUCUUAUCAAAGUGGAAUUCCCAGAAUCACGCAUUCAUGAAGAAAUGCUUUCGUUGCUGUCCGUUGCCAGUCGGAAUCUAAGUGAUGCAGAACUUCUGGAGAUCGCGAUGCGAAAAGCAAACUGCGGUUCGGGGACAGCUAGUGGUGCAUUGCUUAGUUACUCCUCCGCUUCUGGUACAGCCAGCGGCUCUCAACAUGAAACAGAAGAGCAAGAUGUAGAUCAGUCGUCCACUACAACCAACACGGCAGGAAGUGUCGUAAGCGCUGCAAUCCUCCCCCCUGCAAGACCGGCCACUGCAAAUGGUCUUCAGGACAGUCAUGGAAAUCCAGUUAAUGCAGGGAGUUCACGCAGUUCUUUUGGAGCAUCAGUCCGUCUUGGUAAACGCUAAUCUUUGCAUCCUACUCACACAUUAGAUAUAUGCUUUCCCUUACUGUAGAUCAAAAAGAGCAACUGAUUGUAGGUAUUUGACUAUAUGAUUUUCUUCGUAUUGCUGUGUGCGGAAGGAAAAUUGUUUUUAUCCCUUUGUAUUCAUGUACACCAUUUCCUAGGUAAUUGAAUGAGCCGAACUUCUUUCAUAUUCUCUGAAAAAAGUGCGAGCCAUUCAUACAGAUUUUUAACAGUCAGUGCAAAUAUUCUGCGUGACUGUGUAUGUCAAUCGUGUGAUACAAACUUUGGUUUUUUUAGUGGUCUGUUUUGGCAUGUUUAUUUCAGAAAUAUAAUUUGGUUUUAUUGUAAAUUUCAUUUUGAUAACAUAAUAAGAAGCGUAA